GUGGCGACGGUUUGUUUCCAUGGAGCCGACGCCAAGCUAACCGCUCGGAUUAGUUAGCUUUGAGUUAGCCUCCCCAGCUUCCAGGAUGUCAGGAGGACAAAUUAAUGACACUGUCCAGACUCUGUUUUCGUUUGAACUGUAUGUGGAAAACAUCCGAGUCGAUAAAGAUGCUCAGGUUUCGGACGAGCUGGCUCUCGGGGUGAGGCUGCUGGAUUUCCCGACGCUGCUCAUUUAUCAACCCCAGCAUCACCAUGGCGACGAUGAGCAUCCGGGUGAACGCGCGGAAGAUAAGAGGGGAGAUCACCCAUUUAACAGAGGGAAGUCUUGUUUCUUUCUGAUGAAUCUGAACUCGCUGCACAGCCGUCUGCCUAACACCCCUCUGUAUGCCAUGGUGCUGGACGUGAAGGAGGAGAUUCCCAGGCUAGUUGGCUCCUCCCUGAUAUCACUGGACAAAGUGAUGGACAGAGUCAUGCAGGAUGUUGCCCAGCACGGAGUGUCUGCUCCCUCCUCACACGGAGAAAGGGGGCUCUUUGGUAUGUGCAGCCUCACGGGGGAGAAAACUGGGUCGAUUUCCUUGAGUUAUAAACUGCUAAGUCUGGGGACUAGUUUACUGCCACAUGUUGCAGACAGGAGGGGGCUUAAAAGCAUGAGCGUACACGGAGGACAGCGUGUACAAGCAAGCAUUGAGGAGAAAAACAUAUCUACAGAAUCGCAGCGUCUUGCCCAUUCACCCACACUGGACAAGUCUGAUGGAAACAUCCCAAACACGGCACCAGCGAGUGCAAAAAAUUGUAAGGACAAGCAGGAUGUUGCUGUGUGUGUUGCCACUGAAGACACACCAAGAUCCCAAAGUCCUCACACACUCCAAGAAACUGGAAACUGUUAUGAGAAGGAUUUAAGCCUUUUCUGCCCCCCACAUCUUUACUACAGUAAAUCUGCAAAAAGCAAAAAUGAAGGCUGGGUUUACAAACAUCUCACUCCAGACUCAAAUGCUUUUACAUUUGAGGAUUCAUGCUCUGAGACAUCUGACAAUAAGAUUGAAGCUCUAAGUUCUGUGAUGUUGGACCAGAGAGUGAGAUCUAAGGGAAAAGCAUCAAGAAACCAAGAAACAAGCAUCGUGAGUCCUAAUGUCCUUGGGGAGACUUUGCAACAGUUGCCUCUGCUUAACGCUCUUCUAGUUGAGCUGUCACAGUUAAAUAACCAGAACCCACAGCAACCCAUGUCCAUUCAUCCCAAUCUGGCGUGGAUUUACAGGCCUGGAUCCACAGAGCUGUCAGCUGAGCACAGAGACACACCACGAAAAACAUUGGAGAAAAGCAGACAGGGGACGAGUCCCUGUUUUAAACAUUUACAUCCUCCGAGAAACUGCUCUACUCCAAUAGUUUCACCUUCAUCUGUACAAAAGAAAGACAAUCGAGAAGAGGCUUUGAUUGAGAGGAAAAGCUCCAGUAAAUCUACCAGGAAGAAGCUUGUGUAUGGAACCACCAGAACAUUUAAUCUGAGGUUGAAGCAAGUGUCACAUCAUAAAGUAAAACAUCGGGAAUGCGUGGAAUUAAUGCAGAAUGAAAAACAGACGAGUAUGAGGAAAGGAAAGCCGAAAGCAUUGAAGUCCAGUCAAAGGAAAUCAGUAUUAAGUCAGAGCUUCAGUUUCAAUGAAAAUAUUGAGACGAUGAUGCAAACCAUCUCGGUGGACUCAACCAUACAUCAACAGAAAAAACAGCCCGGGAAAGUUCAUGAUGAGGAAGAUAGAGACCCUCGGAGGGUUUCAGAGGAACCCUCUCUUUCUGAGAGGAGAGACUUGAAGUGUAUUCACAUCCCCAGUGUGGACAGUGACAGUGCCGCCGCCCAAAGCAAAGACAACAGCGAGCGUCACAGUGUUUCAAAUCGAUCAGAGUCUGAACGAGACGAAGAGAAAAUUAAAUCCUCAAAAAGUAGCAGACACAGCAGCACUAAGUCGUCAUUUUCAGACUCCAGCCGGGAAAGAAACAAGGAAGGAGACUACACCGAUAAGGGAAAUGAAGAAGCAGACUACGCCGAUGACUUUAACAGUCUUGAACCCAGUGAUGCCUACUCUCCUGACCCUGUGAGUAGCCCCGAGCCCUCGAGAGCCAAAACCCCUAAGUCUCCUGUCCGCCUCGACUGCUACAACCCUGACUCGGGCUCUGAAUCCGUGCAGAGGAGAGCAGUCCUCCCUGUGGCCCUCAAAGCUCCCAGCUCACCACAGAGGUCUCUGAGGGCCACGCACAUCAUUCGACCGCGAAACCACGCCUCUGCCCUCAGCUUCUCCUCCGAUGAUGGAGACAGAGACGGGUCGGCUUCCCUGCGAACCGUAUGCUCCAGAAAGCAGAUGACAGAGAGCAGCAGAGCGGAAAGGAGCUCCCGUGCGGAGAGUUUCGUAUCAUCAAGAUGUGAAAGGAGCGAGUCGACCAAGAACAGCAGUACACUCCGAGGAAUCUCUGUAGAAUCAACAUCAACCUUUGAACCACAGGAGGCAGAGGAAGUGGAGGAUGAGCUUGGAUCUCUAGAUUUUAGAAAAGAAUAUCGACAUAUCUCUGAGCUGGUGGCCAACAAACUCCCUGGUUACACAAUGUAAAGAAACACAAA